AUGAGUUCCGCUCCCGUAUCUAUGGAGGACCAGCAAAAACUUUUAGAGGAAGCAUUGAAUGUGGUUAAAGUUCAGGCAUUUCAAAUGAAAAAAUGCCUGGUAAGCCAACAACAAACUUAUGGAUGGCUUGAAACAUUGUUCUACGAUGCUAGCAGAAUUGCGGACAUCCAUAUGGCAAUUUUUGAUGCUCUCCGACACCUCACAACAUAUCUAAUGGACGCGCAUACUUCGGGAAGGCAUCAUCUUGCAGAUCUUUAUGAGUUAGUGCAGUACGCAGGAAAUAUUAUUCCACGUUUAUAUCUUAUGAUUACUGUUGGAAGUGCUUACAUGUCACAGAGAGAUGCACCAGGGCAUUCGCGUGAUCGUGAAAAAAGGGAGAUGGAACGAAAAGAAUUAAGGAUUUUAGUCGGAACAAAUUUGGUUCGCCUAAGUCAAUUGGAUGGUGUCGAUUUAGAGCUGUAUCAAAAAAGAGUAUUACCAGCCAUAUUAGAGCAAGUCAUCAAUUGUAAAGAUGUUAUUGCUCAAGAAUAUUUAAUGGAAGUCAUCAUCCAGAUUGUUAUCGCGCUUAUUGAUCGUCUUGCAGCCUAUGCUGCUCGUGAAGCAGAUUCUGAACCACCAGAAGUGGUUAAACAACAGGAAGAGGAGGCUGCUCGUAGGCUAGCUGAAAAAUUGAGAAAGCAAAAAAUUAGUGGAUACAGUGAUGAAAAAGACUAUGAUGACGAUUUGCUGGAAGAGGAACCUCAAGAGGAAUUGAAUAACGAUGACCUUUCGUCAAAUAAAAUAAAAUCUGGUGAAGAACCCACCGUAAAAAAAUUCCGUGGUAUUCCAGAAGAUACUCGCCGUUCUGUUGCACAUGCCAUUGUUUCCUCUAUUCUCAAGAAUGAAACGAUUAUCGAGACUCCUCAUGAAGUCAAUUGUAUACUGGAUCUUUGCAGCGUCCUAACGCGUGAUCAAAAGGAUGCUACUCUUUCAAGUCCAUUUAGUGGGCUUACCGGUGGGAGAAAUACGAGAUCUAGCGGUAUCCCGCCGACGAUGGAUCCAGAAGAAUUUGCAGAAGAGCAAGGAUGGCUUGCAAGGAUAAUUCAUUUAUUCAAAAGUGAUGAUCCAGAUAAUCAAUAUAUGGAUGAUGGUUGGGAGAAAAAAGCGAAUACACUCUUUCGCUUUGUUCACCAGGUCAUCACUGCUCUAUAUAAUAAAGUUGAAUGUUCAGAGUUAUGUUUGCGAUUGUUCCUUCUUGCUGGUCAAAGUGCUGAUGAAUGUGGAUUUGAAGAAAUAUGUUACGAAUUCUUUGUUCAGGCAUUUACCAUUUACGAAGAAUCGAUUUCAGAAUCGCGCAUACAAUUUCAAGCUAUUACGCUCAUUAUUGGUACAUUACAAACUACUAGCGUGUUUGGCCCAGAAAAUUACGAUACUUUGAUCACCAAAUGUGCUCUGCAUGGAAGUAAAUUGCUUAAAAAACCGGAUCAAUGCCGUGCAGUUUAUCUUUCUAGUCACCUGUGGUGGGCUACUGAGGUUGAAGGAAGAAAUAACAGACCAACUGAGGAAUUAUAUCGCGACGGCAAGCGAGUUCUUGAAUGUUUACAAAAAGCCCUUAAGAUUGCAGAUUCUUGUAUGGAUUCUGUGACUAACGUUACUGUUAAAUAUCUCGAUGGCUUGAUUGAUCUUAUUAAUACUAAUCUUACUAAUAUGGAUAGUUCAGACCAACAUCCUCCAACGUCUGCUUCAUCGGCCCUCAUUGAAGCUGAAGGAAACUUAUCAGAAUUUGUUGUAAGACAUUUCAAAUCAACCCUUCAUCAUCUUAAUAUGCGAAAAGAAGCAGUACUUGCUUCUAAAGGGCAAGGUGACAUUUUUCAGCAAAGAUAUGAUGAGAUAAAUACCAAUGUUUCUUUGUGA